CCACAUGACACUGACACCUGAUUGACAGAUUUUGUAGAAUCGAAAAAAGAAACAGUUUCCAAUCGAAGUAGCGUAAAUACUUAGUAAAGAUCCGAAUGAAUAUCGUAAGAAUAUUUUUGCCACUGAAUUGCACAUAAAGCCGAUGCCAUGAUUCGAGAAGAUGACCCUCAGUUUCGGAUUACUCCAUUCCAGCAAAUGGCAUCGGCGUGUUCCGGUGCCCUUAUAACCUCGUUAUUCAUGACACCGCUGGAUGUGGUUAAAAUAAGGCUGCAAGCUCAGCAGAAGGCACUGCUCUCGAAUAAAUGCUACCUUUAUUGCAAUGGUCUUAUGGAACAUAUAUGCCCCUGCGGAGACUCAGCAUGGAUACCCCGACGAGUGCACUUCAACGGCACGAUGGAUGCAUUUUACAAAAUAGCUAAAUUAGAAGGAGUUCCCGCUCUAUGGUCUGGAUUAAGUCCUACUUUAGUCUUGGCUUUGCCAUGUACAGUUAUUUAUUUUGUAUCGUACGAACAGCUCAGAUAUAGGAUGAAAACUAAAUACAAUGCUGCUACUCACACUACUAUACAACCAAUGUGGAUACCAAUGAUAGCGGGGGCCACGGCAAGAAUGACAGCUGUGACGAUUGUCAGUCCUUUAGAACUAAUUAGAACAAAAAUGCAAUCCAAAAAGUUGUCAUAUGCAGAUAUUACAGUAGCUUUGCGACAGGUCAUAAAAUACGAAGGCUAUAGAGGACUAUUUCGAGGUUUGGGAUCCACAUUAUUACGAGACGUACCAUUUUCAGGUUUAUAUUGGACAACUUUUGAAACAACCAAGAAGGCUUUUAACAAACCGGACUCCGAAAAGAAUACAUUUUUAUUCAACUUCUUCUGUGGAUCAGUUGCAGGCAGUAUUGCAGCAUUAGUAACACUUCCAUUUGACGUCCUAAAAACACAUCAACAAAUAGAAUUAGGAGAAAAAGAAAUCUAUACAGAUGGUAAAGUCCAUCAAAGAGCUUCCAAUAUGAAGAACAUCGCGCGAACAAUAUACACCAACCAUGGAGUCAAGGGGCUAUUCACGGGAUUUUUGCCUCGAAUAUUUAAAGUGGCACCAGCAUGCGCUAUUAUGAUCGCGACAUUCGAAUAUGGAAAACAAUUCUUCCAAAAAUACAACACACAGAAGUAUAAGGAAAAAAUGCAAAGGCAUCAAGAAAUAGUGUUGAUGGGCCAACCAUCUAAGAAUGACUACUCAUAAUAAAAUUAUGACAAAAAGGGAAUGUCAUAAUUUAGAAAAAUAUUAGAUUAUGAUAAAUGUGAUAGAACUGUAGUACAGUUUAUUAGUAUUCUAUGGCUGUUUAUAGUUACCUACUGUUGUUUUAUAACUUUAGAGAUGAAAUUACCAUGUCUAAUGGUAGCUAGCACUAAUGGGAAUUAUUCUUGUUUAACUCUGCAAUGCAAAGAUUCACCACUUUCAUAUAAAUGUUUACUGAAUAAACUAAUUUAAUUCAAAUGAUGUUCUAUAAAGUUAAAAUUCCUAUCUGGAAGUGGUGAAUGGGAUUUAGGUGGCUUGCACAAGCUGGUGGCAAUGUUUUGCUUGCAUAUGUAUCUUAAAACUUCUGAGAAAAAAAUAUGCAGUUGAUAACAUGCCUAGGUAAAUUUUUCUAGCACUGAAACACAGCUUGCAAUGUGCAUGUCACCUUUUAAUAAAGAUAUUUGGUCUUUGAAAUUAAGACGCAAUGUAGAAAACAUGCUAAUGCAAAAAAAAAUCUAAAUGAACUAGUAAUUAAAAGCUGACAAUGUUUCAAUUAAAUAUUCUUGUAAAAUGUUAUGAAUUUCUUUCUUGUUUUUGUUAUUUACUUUAUAAAGACAAUUGGUAUUGUAACAAAUAAGACAGCAAGUUGCUGUUUGUAAAUAUUUCACAAUUUUAUUUGUAAAUAGUAUGAAAUAAAAGUUUUAUGUUAGA